AUGAAAAAACAAAGUUCUUAUACGACUUUUGAAACGUCUAAAGACUCAGACUUACCUUUAAACUCAACUAGUCGAAAAAGUGAGGAAAAUUUUAAUGAUCCGAGUAUGUGGUAUUAUAUAGAUAAAGGUAUGGUUCCAGCAAAACUUACUUACUUUUUCACGGGAUUAGAAAGAUCAUCAAUUGCACCUUAUUUUACCAUGUUCUUAACAAGUAUUGGCUUAAAUCUAAAACAAGUUGGAUACGUGUUUGCUUUUUCCUAUGCUGGUUUAAUGUUAGGUAGCGUUUUUUGGGGAGUAGUAGCCGACAAAACUCGUGCUUAUCGAAUUCUUUUAUUAUUUUUAUACUUUUUUUUUGCUUUAAUUACAUUAUCAAUUCCGUUGGUAAGUGCAAAAAUUGGAGAAAAAGAAAAAAACCAAUGUCCUGUAUUAUUAAGCAAAUGUUGUUUAAACAGCUCUAUGAAUUUUUCUACAAAUAAGACAUCCAAGGAUAAUAUUUCAGUAUCCUCAUCAACUAUGACCAUGGUUAUGGCAACCUUGGGAUUUUUGGUUUUUUCAUUUGGUGGAAGUAUUUACAGCUAUAAUGAUGCAGGACUCAUUUGGAAAAUUAAAAUGUCAACAAAAAAAAAAGAUUAUGGUAGGCAGUAUGUGUUUUUAAAUAUUGGUUUUGCAUGUGGAGCUUUAAUUUCAGCAGAAGUGAUGAAGGUAUUUCCUAAAGUAGAUCUUUCGUGUUAUUUUGCCGUAUUUUGCGUUAAUAUUGUGUUUAUUAUAGCAUCGUGCAUCUGUUCUCAAUUAUUAUACAAAAACAUAAACAUAUCAUUGCAAAAAGAAGCUAGAUCCGAUUCGUUUCAAAGAGAUCUUUUCAAAACAUUGUCAAACUUUGAAGUUGAUCUUUUUUUAUUAACGACAUUUGUAAAUGGUUUAUUAUAUUCCAUAUACUUAAGUUAUUUUUUUUUAUUUAUGAAAGAAAUAAAAUCUACAGACCUUUUGAUCGGUUUAACAGUAGCAUUUGGAUCGACCUCUGGUAUGAUUAUAAACUUUUUCAAUGAAAUAAUUAUAAAAUUAUUUAGAGGAACAUUUAACACCAUGAUUAUGUGCACGUUUCUUUGGUCGGUUCGUUAUUUCAUAUUUUACUUCUUAAAAAAUCCUUGGUUGAUCAUACCGUUACAACUUACUCUCCAUGGAUUAAGUCUUUCACUAUUUUUAAGUGUAAAAUCAGUUCAUUUAAAAAAAAAAGCUCCAAACAGUAUUCACAAUACGAUGUUUGGAAUUGUUCAAUGUUUGUAUAGUGGUGUAUCAAUGAUUGUCGGAAGUUUUGUUGGAGGUCAAUUGUAUUACGCGUAUGGUGCUCGAAUAACAUUUUUAUAUUCUUCCUUUUUUGCGCUAGGGUGGACAUCGCUUUUAAUUGUUUACAUAAUUGCAAUAAAACUAUGGAAAAUAAAUGUUGGUAAAAAGCCAAACUCGACUUGCCAGGUAAACACUUCAAUUAAUAUUGGCAAUGAUGAUACUAAAUUUUGA